CCAAGCAUACAGCUCCUCCUUCCAGGCUUACGGCCUCUUCUCUUCUUCUCUCUCUCUCUCUCUCUCUCUCUCUCUCUCUCUCUCUCAGUAGGUUGUUAUCAUGCCGUCUCGCCAAACUCAGCCUGCGUUGUCGAUGCUCGCGGCUACAGUAUCUUCCACUGCGCCUCCCAUUAUCCAAUCUCCACACUCCCAGCAUCACCACCACCACCACCACCGUCUCCUGCCGCCCGUGGUAGCCGGGGGCGGCGCUGUUCUGUCCGUGUUGCUAUUCCUGCUCGUGCUGUGCCGGAAGCUCACGCGCCAACGUACCGCCCCCGCCGACUCCAAGCCUCCGCACCGGCUCUCAUACUCCCUCCUCCGCCGUGCUACAGGUUCCUUCUCCGCUCACAACCUCCUCGGCCGCGGCGGCUUCGGAUCGGUCUACAAGGGCAUUCAUCCCUCUUUUAACCACAUCGCCGUGAAGGUCAUGGACUCCGGGUCUCUCCAGGGCGAGCGAGAGUUCCAGAACGAGAUCUUCUUCGCCCAGAAGGUCAAUCAAUCGGCAAACAUUGUCACGGCCAUCGGAUUCUCCUGUAAUCGGCGUCGCCGGAGGAUGCUGUUGGUGUACGAGCUUAUGCACAAUGGGAACUUGCAAGACGCUCUGUUGCAUCGGAAGUGUGUGGAGUUGGUGGACUGGAAGAAGAGGUUUUCGAUAGCGAUUGAUAUUGCGAAGGGGAUCGAGUAUCUACACGCGUUCGAUCCGCCGGUAAUACAUGGAGAUAUUAAGCCGAGUAACAUAUUGCUCGAUCAGAACUUUGUUGCAAAGAUUGGGGAUUUUGGUCUGGCGAGAUUGAAAUCGGAUAGUCUUGGCGAGGUUACGGUCGAAAUCGGCGGUGGACUCGACGGGAAGAAGAAGGGGGAGGCGGAAAGUAACGGCGUAGGUGCGGCGGAGGAUUGUGGGUCUGUGAUGGAAGAGACAGACAGCGUGAUUACGGGUUUUGAAGAGUUCAAUGUCGGUGUGGAUCGGUCGCCAGAGAGUUUAACUGGGGCUGAGUCAGUGACUGUGGCAGUGACUGUGUCGCCGGAGACAGUUGAGCCGACACUGGCAUCGGUGGAGACAGGUGAAGUCGUGGGAGGAGAGACGGAAAGAGUUGGAGGGGCGUUGGCGUCACCGUCCACGGCACCGUCAGAGGGGAAUUUUGAUAAGGGUAGUGUUGAUAGUGAGAGAGAAAUGAUUGUUGCUGGUAAGCAGAGUGGAAGAGGAAAGAGAAGUGUUUCGCGGAGGGAUUGGUGGUGGAGACAAGACAACGGAGAGGGUGACAGUGGAGCGGUGAAGGACUACGUAAUGGACUGGAUCGGAACUGAAAUAAGGAAAGAAAGGCCGAACAGCAAUUGGAUUGGCACUGCUUCAAGUAGUGCUGCCGCACCUGCUGUCAAGAAGUCGGAGAAAAAGAGGAAUCGGAAGCGAUUGGAGUGGUGGGCAUCGUUGGACGAGGAAAAGAAUGUGAAAAAGGAGAAGAGGAGGCCCGCAAGGGAGUGGUGGAAGGAGGAAUUUUGCGAAGAACUUGCGAGAAAGAAAAAGAAGAAGAAGCGGCAAAUGGGGAUGAUCAGCAAUGAUUGUGGGGGAGACAAUUGGUGGCCAAAGGAUGAAGAUCUGUAUGUGGACAGAAAGAAGAAGAUUAGGAGCAGGAGCAGGGGUAGUAGGGGCAGUGUAGAUUGGUGGUUAGAUGGUCUUAGCGGGGAGCUUUGGAGAGCUAGGCACAAUAGUUAUGAUUCAGUGAGUGGAGAGAUCCCCAAGAGUGGGGGGGUUAGCAGUACUCCGAGCAUGAGGGGAACUGUUUGCUACAUUGCCCCCGAGUAUGGUGGUGGUGGGGAUGUCUCAGAGAAGUGUGAUGUCUAUAGUUAUGGGGUUCUAUUGCUGGUUCUUGUUGCAGGGAGACGGCCACUCCAGGUGACGGGGUCACCCAUGUCGGAAUUCCAGCGAGCCAAUCUUAUUUCUUGGGCUCGUCACCUUGCCCGUGCCGGGAGGCUGCUGGAUCUGGUUGAUCAGUCUAUACAGGCUUUGGAUCAAGACCAAGCUCUUCUGUGUAUCACAGUUGCAUUACUUUGCCUGCAGAAAUCGCCUGCACGCAGGCCUUUCAUGAAAGAAGUUGUGGGCAUGCUUUGUGGUGAGUUGGAGCGUCCCCAGCUACCGGUUGAAUUUUCCCCUUCACCUCCAUCGCGCUUCCCGUACAAGUCCCAGAAGAAGGUCCGGUGAGUUCCCAGUGUCCGGCACUGGAUUUUUAUGAACAGUAGUGGCAUACUGUUGUAGAUAACUUUUUUUUUUUUUUCAAUUUUGUGGAUGAUUGCUGUAAAAAAGUGACAGAAUUAUUUAUUUCAUAAUUUGGUUUCUUUUUAUUUGCUUUUUUUUUUUUUUUUCUGAUGUGGAGUGGUCUACAUAUCUGAAAUUGAGACGAUCUUUUUUGUAUUGCCAUGAUUGAGGCACAAGUUGAAUACACCGACUCCUAUAAACUUUACGUCU